AUGGAGCGUCUGCAGGCGGUCUGCGCAAAGUGCAUCCCCGACAGUGUCAGGAUUGUUGAAGACGUUCUGCGUUGCUGCGAGAGCCGUGAGGAAGAACUGUUUCGUCAGCUUGUGCUGCGCUACGGUCCCGAGCCCGGUGAGGUGGAUGUGCAGCUCAAUAGGUAUGCCACCACCCUCACACCUGAGGAGAUCUGUGAGCGUCUGGUGCAAUUCUACCGCAGAUAUUAG